ACAUUCUUUAUCUUCCUAGCUGGCUCAAACAUUACCCAAAAACAUUUUCAAUGGAUUCCUCUCAAAGCCAACAACAAUCAACUUCCAUAUCUAUUGAAACCAUUGAAUUUUCCAUAGAAAAUCUCAUUAAAAGCUGGAUCAGAAGGCAAAAAUGGAAAGUACACUUCAAUUCCACACAACAACUAGAGGACUACAAGAAAUCCCCAUGGAGAACACACUUAGUCAAUUUCCUAGAAUCAACUCCGAUUCAUGUGAUUGCACUCUCACUUCUUCUCGCUGAUUUGAUUUUAACUACCCUUGAACUUUCAUCGUCUUUGCUUUCUUGCGCGCCAAGCAAGCACGAGAAAGGGCAAGUAUGGUACCAUUGGUUGGGGAUUACAAUCUUAAGCCUGCUCGGUUUGAGGACCGUAGCUCUAGCCAUAGGCCUCGGUGGGUCCUGCUUUAGGCGACCUGGCUGUGUUAUUGAUGGAGUGGUUGUGAUGGCAGCGUUGGUUUUGGAAGUGUUUUUGGAGAGGAAGGGCGGCGGGUUGGUGGUGGUGGUGAGCUUGUGGCGUGUGGUGAGGGUUGUUGAGAGCGCAUUUGAACUAAGUGAUGUGGCCAUUGAAGGGCAGAUUGAAGUUAUAGUGUGUCAAUUUGAGGCAUUGAGAGAAGAAAACAGAAGGCUCUUGGGAAUAAUUGCUGAUAAAGAUCGGAUAAUAGAGGAGUUACAAGAAGAACUUGAAAAAUGUGAACAUGCUUAAAUUGAAUUCCUAUCACCAAUUCUGUGGAAUCCAAGAACCUCUUUGGAAUAGCUAUGAAAGCUUGGAAAUUUCCCAAGCAAUUUUAGCAAGCAAUAGAUCUCUCAUGAAUUUGAACUAAUUAUUAUGUGUCAAUGUUUUCAUGUUGUUCCAUGUCAGCGGUGAUAUAUCGCGAGAUGUGAAGCUUGCUCUCUGGGCUUCGCCAAAGCCGAUCGAUUAUUUCAAAAGCUCAUUUAAACCUCCAAUUCACAGUCUUCUAAUUUUAAUUUCGAAGUCCACGUGUCAAUGAAUUUUUAAUCUUUUUAGAAGGCCUAGAUUACCCAUAAAGGCUAGUGUAUGUACCAAUGGAUUGGAGACCCAAUAUGGGAGAGUUGUCACUUGGUUUAGAGAUCUAAAAAUCCCAUAUCUACUACUACAAAACAAUUCCUACUAGUGCAUAUAUUUUAUCUUCACACAUUAUAUUAUCUCAGUUUACAUACUUAAUUAUGAAUUUUUAGAUUGAAAGUUGAUUUUUGAACAAUAUUCAUUGGUUUGGAAGUUGAUUUUCAAACCAAAUAGUUUUAUUCAAAAAUUAAGUUCUUAAGAAAAAUAUGUGUACUUAAAAAAACCAUGUGUGAAAAUAGGAGCUCCCUAGUAUGCAUAUUUCUUGAAAAUAUGUAUAUCAUAUGCAUCAUCAUUUUUAGUCGUUAGAACUUAAAAAAAUGGAUUUGAGGCGUCAAUUUGAUUCAUAACCAAUGUGAUGCCGCUAUUGAGUUCUCCAUCAGGUGAUGCUCAAGUAGUGGAGGCUUUGCAAGUAGAGGCUUUGCUCUGUUGUUGGGAUUGGUUGGAGUUUACUCAGGAUCUGUUGUUGUUUCAAUCUGUGGUGUUGCUACUGUCUUUCUUUUCUCUUGUUUGUCUUUGCUUUUUCUCUGUUUGUUGGUUCCUCACCAACUAAGACGUUGGAGCUUUUUCUAGCUCCAAGCUCCUCUUUAUUGAUGUAUCUUUACGUACUUUGUAUGUGUUUCAUCAAUAAAAUUUUCU